GAAGCUGAGGCCAAAGAGAGGGAGAGAUCCUAGAGCGGAGCACUAGGAGCGCCCCCUCUACUUCCGGCUUGGGCUGGCGGCAGCACCGGGGCUGCGUGGUUCGGGACGCGGGUUGACUCGUGUUGUGAGUCGGCCCAGAGGCGCGGGAUGCGCCUGCCUCGUGUUCCUCCAUCUCCUGCUGCUGCAGACCCAGGCAGGGCUCGUUGCCCGAGUGCCCCGAAGCCCCAGUGGAGGCCCACAGCCGCCAGCCCCUGUCCACCUGGAGAGGCCGCUCCCCUCUUGCCAUGGCCUCGGAGCCACAGGCCACCCCUUUUGUGGGGCCCUUCAUCCCCGGCUCCCCCUACUCGGUGCUGGUCUUGCAGGAGGGCUACUCUGAGGAGCUUCCGGAUGGCAGCAGCCGUGCAGACGGCACCGUCUCUCUGGUGUUGGGCCCACACCUCACCCUGGUGGACACGGGGGGCCCGUGGGGCCGGGACCGGCUGCUGGCGGGGCUGGCCAAGCAGGGCGUGGCCCCAGGCGACAUCCAGCAUGUUGUUUGCACCCACGGCCACUCCGACCACGUGGGCAACCUGAACCUCUUCCCCCGGGCGGAGCUGAUUGUGGGCACGGACGUCAGCCGGCCCGACGGGCGCUACCUGACCACGGGGCUGCCCCGAGGAGCCCCGUACCCUCUCCACGAGGGGCACCUGGAAGUGGUGCCCACACCUGGCCACACGGGUGGCGACGUCAGCCUGAUGGUGCGGGGCACUGCCCAGGGGGACGUCCUGGUGGCUGGAGACCUCUUUGAGUGCCAGGGAGAUGAUGGCCAGUGGCAGCCCCUCAGCCAAGACCCCGUGCGGCAGGCAGAGAGCCGGGCACGUGCCCUGGCCAUCGCUGAUGUCAUCGUGCCUGGCCAUGGGGCGCCGUUCCGGGUCUUCCGGGAGGGGGGGCAUCCUGGGGGCCGGGAGGCAGUGGGUCUGGAUGGCCUCCAUGGUCUCAGCAACGAGUCAAGAGCCGCUGUCUGCCCCGCUGAUGCAGCGUCACAAUAAACGACUGGAAGACCCAGUAUGUGCACGAUUGGGGCCGCCACCUGACGCCUGAGGUCCUCUACCUGGGGGGGCUUGUCGGAGGAGG